AUGCCUGGUAGGGCCAGGACUCGCGCCCGAGGCAGAGCCCGCCGCAGGGAGAGCUACCAACAAGAGGCACCUGGGGGACCCGGAGCACCUGGAUCAGCUACAACCCAGGAGCCCACUCAGUUGCAGCAGACACCCCGGCCACUGAGGGAGGAAGUCCCAGUGGUUAGACCUCUGCAGCCAAGAGGAGCAGGAGGAGCAGCUGAGUCUCAAGGAGUGAAGGAACCUGGACCUGAGGCUGGGUUGCAUACAGCGCCCUUGCAGGAGAGGAUUGGUGGAGUUUUUCAGGACCUGGUGGUGAACACCAGGCGAUAUAUGAUGCAUGUUAAAGACUCAAAAACAGGUUCAGAGGGUGCAGUGGUACAGCUACUCACCAACCACUUCCGAGUGAUUCCUCGUCCUCAGUGGGUUGCAUAUAAAUACAACAUCGACUACAGACCAGAUAUAGAAGAUGGAAAUCUCCGUACAAUUUUACUUGAUCAACAUAGAAGGAAAUUUGGAGAGUGCCAUAUAUUUGAUGGAAACUCUUUAUUGUUAUCUCGGCCACUAAAAGAGCGGAGAGUGGAAUGGUUGAGCAUGACCAAAGACAAAAAAUUUGUGAAGAUUACAGUUGAGUUUUCCAAAGAAAUCAGGCCCACGUCGCCAGAUUGCCUACGCUAUUACAACAUUCUCUUUAGAAGAACUUUCAAGCUGCUGGAUUUUGAGCAAGUUGGUCGCAACUAUUAUACCAAAAAGAAGGCAAUUCAGUUGUACCGUCAUGGUACCAGUUUGGAAAUCUGGCUUGGUUACGUUACUUCUAUUCUUCAAUAUGAAAAUGGCAUUACCCUCUGUGCCGAUGUGAGCCACAAACUGCUCCGAAUAGAAACUGCUUAUGAUUUCAUAAAGAGAACAUCUGCUGAGGCCCAGGCAGGAAACAUCCGAGAGGAAAUAACUAGUAAAUUAAUUGGAUCAAUUGUUCUGACAAAAUACAACAACAAAACCUACAGAGUGGAUGAUAUUGAUUGGAAGCAGAAUCCUGAAGACACAUUUAACAGAUCAGAUGGCAGGAAAAUCACCUAUAUAGACUACUACAGGCAGCAACAUAAAGAAAUUGUCACUGUGAAGAAACAGCCACUUUUGGUCAGCCAGGGCAGAUGGAAAAAGGGCCUAACGGGUACACAACGUGAACCUAUCCUGCUGAUUCCUCAGCUGUGCUCCAUGACAGGUCUAACAGAUGAAAUACGUAAAGAUUACAGCACUAUGAAAGAAUUGGCUAAACAUACAAGACUGAGUCCAAGAAGAAGGCAUCACACGUUAAAAGAAUUCAUCAAUACUGUACAAGAUAAUAAAAAAGUACAAGACUUACUUCAACUCUGGGAUUUGAAAUUUGAUACCAACUUUUUGUCCGUCUCAGGAAGAGUUUUGAGAAAUGCAAACAUCGUGCAAGGCAGAAGAAUGGUUAAAGCCAAUUCACAAGGAGACUGGUCAAGAGAAAUAAGAGAAUUACCGUUACUUAAUGCAAUGCCGCUACAUAGUUGGCUCAUACUCCAUAGUAGGAGCAGUCACAGGGAAGCCAUGUCCUUAAAGAGUCAUCUACAGAGUGUCACAGCCCCCAUGGGCAUAACUAUGAAACCAGCAGAAAUGAUUGAAGUAGAUGGGGAUGCUAACUCCUAUAUAGACACAUUACGGAAAUAUGCCAGACCAACACUGCAGAUGGAUGAUCUUGAGGGGUAG